AUGCUUCGCCCCGACAUGUUCAAUGGGUUCCGGAUGGUUCAGGGCAUUGAGCGAGACGAAAUAGCCUUCACGCCCUCGGAUGGGACUCAGCCGUUUGAUCUGCACCUCACAUGUCAUUGGCAUAAGAAACGCUACGAUGGAUGGCGGUUCAGUCGACGGCUUCACGGCUUCCACCGAUACACGGUCUUUGCGCCAGCGACGGAGGCACAGGCAGGGAUGUCGAGCGAGUUGAAGGAGCCCUUUGCCGAUGAACUGCAGCUUGGUGAACAGGAAGGAAAUGAGCCGGCCCGAUUUCUUCAGGAAGCAGCGGAGGAGAUGCAC